CAUUCCGUGCCAUGCCAACGGCCGCUAAAGAUCGCGCUGUUCUUCGGUUCUACACAAGAUAUAGCCAUCUAUAUAAUUACGCGCGGCCUACGACGAACAAACGGAAAGCGCAAAUUAAAUGGAGAACGCAAGCUAAAACAAUAUAAGAGAUAACUAAAAGUGAAACCGAAGUAACAAAAGUGCUAGACAACAUAUAGAAAUCUAGAAAUCUUGAAAUCACGACAUGUCCAGUUGGAGUUUGGCCAGUGCCGUGUCGCCAAAUGUCACCGGUGGCGAUGUCAUCCGGUUGAACCACCUAAAGUCCAGCUCGGAAACGCAUCUGCCAUCGCGGGGAUCUGGAACGGGGUCUGGAGCACUACCACGUCCCACGACACCCGUGCCCUCCAAGAAACUGUCGUCCAAACGACCUCCACACUUGACCCUCAACAUAAAGGCCAAGUCCCACGAUGCUCCGCUGGCCGAGACGGAAAACACGGUUCUCUCGACCAGUGAAUCUGUCUAUGGAACUCCGCUGGGCGCCACACCCGUUUCGUCACCUGCCAACCAAAGUCAGCGCAGUCAGGCGAGCCAGCAUAGUGACGAAAGCCGCAACACCAGCAGCACCGCCACCAGCGGAGGAUCCAUAUUCCCCCACGAACAGUACAAAACCAUCAAGAAGAUCAACAUUGGCUUCGAGAAUAUACGCUACACUACCAAAUUCGGAGUCUUCCAGAGGGAAACCAAGGAUGUGCUAAUGGGUUUAACGGGCUACUUCAAGUCGGGAGAACUUAGUGCCGUUAUUGGACCCUCUGGAGCUGGAAAGAGUACUCUGCUCAACAUUCUGUCAGGAUACACAACAUAUGGCUUUACGGGGGAUUUCCGGGUCAAUGGCAACAGGCGGGAUUUAAAGGCCUUCAAGUCGAACGUGGCGUUCAUCCGCCAGGAUACGAGUCUUCAGGCCUUUCUCUCCGUCAAGGAGGCGAUGCAUUUUGCAGCCAAUUUGAAAAUCGGCACUCACAUGACACAUAGCGAGAAAAGAGAGCGGGUAAAGUGCAUUCUGGAGGCCAUCGGUAUGUACGAAAACCGGCAUACCAGGACGGGGCAGCUAAGUGGAGGUCAGAAGAAGCGUCUUGCUAUUGCACUGGAACUGGUGAACAACCCACCGGUGCUGAUCCUGGACGAACCUACAACUGGCUUGGAUAGUUUCACCUCCAAUCAGCUGAUAAAUUUGCUAAAGAAGCUCGCCAUCGAGGGACGCACAGUCAUCUGCACAAUCCACCAGCCAAGUGCCUUGACCUUCGCCAUGUUCGAUCAUCUGUAUGCCAUUGGCGAGGGCAAGUGCAUCUACGCAGGAGGAGCCCAAAACCUAUUGCCCUUCCUGGGCGCCCUCAAUUUGCACUGCCCGGAGUCCUACAAUCCAGCGGAUUACUUAAUGGAAAUAGCAACUCAUGACUAUGACACGGCGGAAGACAAUCAGCUGGAGAAGCUGGUGGCCCUGAUGGACAAUGGUCGCAAUGAGGAUUACAGACAGAGCAAGACUGCGCGAGUGGCCCAACUGGCGGCCAUGAAGAAAGUUGACCAACUUAUGGCAGCGGGACUGAUCACACCGGUGACAGCACCUGUGAUGUCCACAUCCGUGCCAGCGCAUUUCAUGCAGGGCAACACCUUCAAGCCACUCACCCCCAUCAAUGAACUGUCCUCCCGAGUGUGGGACAGCCAAACGGCGGGAAUCGGAAACGCUGGCAGCUGUUGUAAGCCGAAGAAGAAAAAUAAAUCCAGGCCAGCUAUAGAGUUGGAUCCAUCGCAUCUGUGCAAAAGACAGAACAUCUACGCCACUCCGUUCUACCGACAGUUGAGCAUUCUGCUUGUGAGGACAUUCCUGCUAAUUUGGCGGGACAGUUCGUUGACUACGAUGCGCUUCGCUAUUCACCUAAUCACAGGCAUCCUAAUAGGAACGCUGUACUUUGGGAUCGGCAACGAUGCCGCCCAGACGUUAAAUAUCUUCCGAUACCUCUUCUACACAAUCAUGUUCAUCAUGUACUGUGCGUUCUCGGGCAUACUGGUGAAGUUUCCGCUGGAGUUCCCCAUUGUGUCGCGGGAGCACUUCAAUCGCUGGUAUUCCCUGCGGGCGUAUUACGUAGCCAUCACCCUAGCCGACCUGCCCAUCCAGAUCAUUUGCAGUGCCCUGUUCAUAGUGCCCACAUAUCUGAUGACCCAACAGCCGCUGGAGCUCUGGCGAUUCGGAAUGUUCUUCCUGAUUGUGUUCGUUACGGCUCUGGUCUCGCAGAGCAUUGGCUUGGCGGUGGGAGCAGCACUGAGCCUCAAGCUGGGCUCCAUUCUGGGACCCUUCUUCAUCUGCCCGUUCCUCCAGUUUAGCGGGUUCUUUCUGAUGGAGAAGGACGCUCCGGUGUUUUUGCGCUGGAUGUUUGACAUAUCGUUCCUCAAGUACAGUCUGGAAGGGGCCACGAUGGCCAUUUUUGGAUACGAUCGCGAGCCCCUGGCUUGCAAUGAGCUCUACUGCCACCUGAGGCACCCCCAGUUCAUACUCAAAAGUCUGGACAUGGCCAACGGAAACUAUACACUUGCCCUCAUCUUUCUGUUCGGCGUUUUGGUCUUCCUGCGCAUCCUGGCGUUCUACAUCAUGUCCUUCCGCCUCAGAUUGUUCAGAUGAGACCCACGUCUCGAGCGACCAAAGGAAACCUGCCACAUUCCGCCGACAGUUAAAUGUUUUACUUUUAUAUUUGUGGUUUCUAUUUAAGCAUUUAUUCGAGAGAAACAUAUGUGCCAAAGAUUGGUGAAGCCGGUAGAGCGUAAGGAAAUCGUGAUAUAUAUCAGAAACACAGGAUCAUAGAGCCCUCACACACACUCAAACACACAAUGACAAGCAUACACACACGGCGGUAACCGAGAUCAAUAAUUGUAAAUAGAACAUUUUUAUAGCAUAGCAUAUAAACAAUUGUAUUUUUGUAACGUAUUAAUGAACCAUUAUUGACUAGUUGUAAAACUGGCCUGAUUUUCAGGCGUCAGCUGCGAGUAUACAUUUGAAAAUAUUAUUAAAAUAUUUUGCCAUGAAAUCCGAAGAU